CUUGGUGUUACUGUUAGCGAUUCGCCUGCAUGAUCACGGUUGUACAGGUCUAUCACUACGACUAGAUCUACCAGGUCCCACCUGGACCGAUGAAACGUGAAAGCCACGAAAUAAAACUGCACAAAGAGUCUUUGACAGUCACACAGAAGGCUAGCGGGAGCGCGGAUUCGGCGGAAGGCAGUGAGUGGAUUUGAUCUGACGCAGGGACCAGGUCCACAUGGCCGGUUGGUGAAGCUGAGAGUGAUAGCCGAAGCCAGUUCCGGCGCCAACCACGUCCCCGUCUCUGUCGCAUACCCUCGGAACGCCGAUGCCCCGUGUGAUUUUAGUUUCACUUCGCCCGUUCCUUCCAGCAACAUCUACUGACUCGUGUUGGUUGACGUAAAUCCCCCUGGAAUGGAAGUGCAGUGCGUUGUUGCAGGGUCGUGAGCCGAGUAGCAGCUGGGCCGAAGACGUUAGCUGUACACCACCAUGUCUGUGGAUUUCGAUCAUGAGCCGCACGCGCAGCAGCAACAAGAGAGUGAUCUUCUACCGGGUGGUGUCACUGUGCUUGGCUGUGUACUGCCAAUGUUGAUAGCCAUACUGGCCUACGUGUACGUGUACUAUGUACAUCGUCGUCAUGGCGAGCCACCACUGCUGUCCGGUACCAUUCCAUGGUGGGGCCAUGCGGCCACGUUCGGCAAGGAUCCGUGUCAGUUUGUCGCGGACAUGAAGAAGAAGCAUGGCAGUGUGUUCACCGUGAUGGCCGCCGGUAAUCGUGUUCUGCUGCUGUGUGACUACCGUCAUGUUGUGGCGUUCCAGCGAGAGAGCAAGGUACUGAGUGCUACCGAGCUGAAGAUGGAAAUGGCGGUAAAGAUCUUUGGCACGCAGCUGGCGCGUGCGGAGCAAGUUCUGCAGCAAGACCACCGCGCAUCCUACCUCAACCACCUCUCCGGUGCACCCUUGGCAGAGCUGACAUCUACCUACCAGGACACUCUCAGGUCUUUCCUAUGCCUGCCGGAGGUGCCUGGCUGCACUGCAUCACGGCAUAAUCCAUACGACGUAGAGGCUGAGUUGGAACUGACCCCAGACAACAAGCAAUGGCAGAGCCUGGAUCUUUGCUCGUUGGUUUCGUGGACGGCUUUUGCCAGUGCAGCCGAUGCCAUAUUCGGGGACGGUGCAUACAGUCCCAUCGUCUUGGAGGACUAUCAGAAAUUCGAUGAGAAUUUCUUGCUGUUGCUCGGAGGCCUGCCAUCGUGGCUUCCUGCCAUAGCGUCAUCGCUGCGGGCUCGCCAACGCCUGGUCGACCACCUGUCUAAGAAGAGAAAGAACAUGAGUACGCUGAUGAUGCACCGGCGUGAGCAGUUCACAACGAGCAGCGCUGGAGUGAACUUGGCUGACCUGCAUGUGCACAACAUGGCGUUCUUGUUUGCGCUGGUAGCCAACACCAGUCCGGCCAUCUUCUGGACCAUGCUGCACCUGGUGAAACGUCCUGACGUCACGGACGAGAUCAGGAAAGAAAUACAGGACAUCAUCAAGAGUAAUGAGAGUACCGACGGCAAUGCAUCGUCAGAGACGUGUCAUCCCAGUCAGCAUCACCUAUCCACUAACCCAGAGGUGCUGAGGGGUCAGUUGCAGAGCAUGGUGAAGCUGGAUGGUCUUGUGAACGAGAUGCUCCGCACUUGCAGCGCUCCGCUCCUUGGGAGAAUAGCGCUAAAGGAUUGCACUCUGCAACUACCUGAUCAGAAAGCUCCGAUUCAUAUCCGUAAAGGCGACCGUAUUUGUGUUGCAACACACGCACUCCACUCUCAAGAGCAAGUCUACGGAGACGGCGUGGAGCAGUUCCAGUGGGACCGCUUCCUGACGCCGGACCGCCUCGAGCCACGUGACUUCCGUGAUCGGGAUUCCGGUGAAAAGGUGCGGCAUCACCUGCUACCGUUUGGAUGCGGCAUCAGCCUGUGCCCGGGAAGACACUUUGCACGUGACGAGAUCAAGGUCUACGUGGCAACAAUGGUGCUAUGCUUCGAUAUCGAGGCAGUGGAGAGCGAUCAGGCGGUGCCAAGGUUCGACUUCCCUCGUUCGACAAUCGGUGUCAUACCUCCACUGGCCGGCGAUCAGUACCCAGUGCGUAUUCGACGCAAGCAGUUCAGCUGAGUGAUCACCGAUUAUAGCUAUGAGAAGUUCAAGGAUGCAGACAUCACUUAACACCAUAACACCAUAACACCAUAACACCAUAACACCAUAACACCGCGAUUGUAGUUUGUAGCACAAUAAGGUUCUUACGGAAUUGCAAUUUUCAUGUUCCGCUCAUCAGUGGAGAAUACUGAUUAGCUCAUGCUUGCGCGUCUCGUACAGUGUCUGCAGCCAUCCAAUCGUAUGUAAUCACCCAGCUACAUUGUCUUCAUUCAUGCAGCAAGCACGUCUGCAGUGUAUGAUUCAUCAAUGGCCGUCUUCAACCUGUACACUGAUCUGGCUCCAAAUACAAUUGUAGGUCCGAAUCCUGUUGCUAAAGGCCAAAGUCAUUCUUUGAUAACUCUUACUCAUCGUAUGCUAAAAAUCCCAUGCGGUAAUUGUGUGUGUAUGUGUGCGUGUGCGUUUGUGUGUGUGUCUGUGUGCGUGUGUAAGGCGUGUGCUUCAAUUCAUUCUCAUUCAGCACUAUUCUUGACUCCUCUCAUACUCAGUCUUCACAUCUACAAUUUCAGUGGUUUUCAGAUCUUCAA